AAAAUCAAAGGUUUCCACCUGCCCGCCACAGCAUGAGCAUCCCUGGCACGACCGUCGUCCUCGGCUACUGCGACUUGGCCGCGGCCGGCGCGCGCCUUCUUCAUCACAUCUACGUGCAAGACGCUGCGCUGCUUGAGAGCUCGCUGACCGUCUUGGGCCUCACCGUGGCCAUCCGCACGUAUGCCGAGACCAGCGUGAGCUUCGUCGUUGUCCGUGAUCCGGUGCCCGACGCGCUCUGCACGGCCUUUGCCGCUGAGCUCACGGACCUCCUCGUCGGCAAGCGCGUCGUGCUCCUCACGGCGCCCAACGUACCGCUCUCGAGCGCGGACGAGCGUUUUGUGUUUUGGACUCAGUACCACGCAACAGCACCGCUGAGCGGCCUCUCGUCGGCGCUUUUUCGCCCGAUUCCGCUGGCCAAAUGGACGCUCAAGGACGCCUUCCUCUGUGCGUGCUUGCACUUCUUCCAGGUGGAGGCGCUGCCGCUGACCGUGCUCCUCGUCCGCGGCUACAAGUACACGGGCCGCGCUACGGACGGCUCGGCCGAGGCGAUUGCCAAGCUUGGCGAAGCGCUGCCUUCUGUGCUCCAGGCGCUUGACAUGCCGACUGCAUUUGAAGUCGAUGUCAAGUCGGCGAGCGUCAUGAAGAUGCUUUCGAUGCACCAAGCCGCGCGUGGCGAGUCAAGCGUCCUCUACAACUAAUGCAACGACCCUUGCUUUGAUCGCUUC